AUUUAUUAUCAUAGAAGGGAGAUAAUUUAGAAAAAAAACAACAUAAUCAUGGCAGACCAAACAAAAGUCGAUCAGUUUAAAAAUUUGACUGGUGUAGACGAGGAAAGGGCAAAAUUUUAUAUCGAAUCAGCUGGUGGUAAUGUAGAGUUAGCUGUAUCAAGUUUCUAUGAAGAAGAUGGUGAUGAAGAUAUGGUACAAGUACCAGUACAAGCACCAGUUUCACAACCGAAAGUCCCAGCAUCUACACAACAUGGGGCCUCAGGGCCACCAAAACAACCAUCAAGGUUUGCCACAAUAGCUAAUUACCAAAAAGAAGGAGACAGUUCAAGUUCUGAUGAAGGACAGGCAUUUUAUGCAGGUGGAUCUGAAACCAGUGGUCAGCAAGUAAUAGGACCAUCCAAAAAGAAAAAUAAUAAAAAGAUUGUAGAAGACCUUUUCCAGUCUGCAAAAGACCAUGGUGCAGAAGAAGUUGGGGAACCAGAAGCCAAAAGGCCAGCAGGUACUAAGAAUGCUUUUAGAGGAGCUGGAUACAGACUUGGAGAGACAGAAGAAGACCCUAUAGAUGUUGUACAGGGUGCUCCUAUCAGAGAUCAGUCUAGAAAGGUUGAUAUGACUUUAAAGUUAUGGAAGAAUGGUUUCAGUAUUAACAAUGGACCUUUAAGAGAUUUCAAAGAUCCUACCAACAAAGAAUUUUUAGAUUCUAUAUCUAAAGGAGAAGUUCCAAAUGAACUGGUCAGAGAGGCCAGAGGAGGGGAGGUCAGUUUAGAUAUGGAGGACCACAGAACAGAAGAUUAUGUUCAGCCAAAAGUACCGGUCAAAGCUUUUGCUGGAGAAGGCCAUAUGUUAGGAAGUCCCGCACCAAAUGUAGUCUCUGGAUCCCCAGCAGCAAGUGGUUCAGCCAAUGAUGAGGCUGCAUUGAGAGAAGUCUCCAUCAACACAUCACAACCUACAACAAACAUACAGAUCAGAUUGGCUGAUGGAACAAGACUGACAGCAAAACUGAACCAUUCUCAUACAGUUAGAGAUAUAAGAAGAUAUAUUGUUACCGCAAGGCCACAGUAUGCCCUAUCACCAUUUGUUUUAUUGACAACAUUUCCUAACAAAGAAUUAACAGAUGAAUCAUUGACUUUACAACAAGCUAAUUUAUUGAAUGCUGUAAUUGUUCAGCGAGUGAAAUAAACACUAUUUAUUGUUUGGUGCCGAUCUGUUGAAUAAACAAAUUUAUUUAUUA